UAAGUGUUUUGUUUUGUCGAGGACCUAAAGUUUGAUAUGUAAACAAACGAUUGUGUCGAAAAUCAGUUCAAAUAACGUUACGUCCGCCAUGUUGCGCUAUAAAUUUUGACGCUUGCCUUUUAAAGAAAUUUGUAAGGCAGCCACGUGACGCGUUUCAUCCAAUGACGUCGCGACAUUAUAGUCCGAGGCAAAACAAAUAUUAUUAUCUAGUUUACUAGUUCUUUACUUAUUUGUAUCUCUUUGAAGAUGGAAGUAAGCUUCAAUGGAGGCUGGUAAAAACGGGGUACAGGUUGGAACUAUGACAGUAAUACACCUGAGCUAAUUUAAACUUCAAAGUACUAACUGUUUAUCUGCACAGUCCCUCAUCUCAUGCUUGAACAGAAAAUUACAAAAAAUUAAAUUAUAAGAAAUGCACUCAUUAUCUACCCAACUUAUACGAGUAUAACCUGGCUUUGAGCAAUUUUCGCUUUUUUUAUAAAGGUUAUAAAGCGUAAACUGUCCCAACCCAGGUUAUACUCGUAUAACUUAGGUAGACAUUGAGUUAAUUUCUUAAUUAUUGUUUGUAAAUGUAUCUUAUUUUUCAGACUUAGUAUAGUUAAACUAGUGUGAUGGUCAGACCGGUUCGAAUACCGGCGCCAGAUAGCUCAGUUGGUAGAGCACCUGACUAGAGAUUCAGGGGGCCCGGGUUCGAAACCCGGUCUGGUCCGUCAUUAUUUCUCCCAUCCCGUUACAUUUGGUGCCGUGACUAACCCCUGGAACUGACAGGUGAACUCCUGCCAGGGGAAGAGUCUGGGGGUGAUCUUCAGGGACGAAGCUUGGAUCUACACAAGCAAAUGAAAAUUUUAAUUUCAUUGUCUCAACGAAAGCUCCAAAAAACAAGUCAUUCGGAUCAAGUAAAUCUUUGACAGGUAGAAUAUCAGCAUCUGUAUUGCAAAAAAAUGAGGGCCAUGGAUAUUUAUCAAAGGUAAACAACGCAGUUGGAUUAUCCCCAGGACAAUUCACCAUGAAAUUAGCAAUGAAAACUGCGACCAAGCGGAAACUUCAGAAAGCGAAGCAGAUGAGCAUACAAGGGAAGAGAAAGCGACUUGUUAAAAAGAUUAAAAAGAGCUGUAAGGAGGCCACAAAUGAAGUCCACGAAGGAGUUACAUUCUCUAAAUAUGCUGAAUUAGAUCAUGAUAAGGGGCAGGAACCAACCAAGACAACAGAAAUCCCACAACGCCUGACACUUCCUAGAGAAAAGUCUUACACGUAUGUCACCUUCGACAUUGAAACAACAGGCAGGGGGAGGGACUGCGAAAUUUUGCAGAUUGCAGCUGGAGAAGAUUUCAAUGUUUAUGUUCAUCCACGCUGUAAUAUAACUGAGCAGGCCUCAUUAGUAAAUGGAAUACAGUACAACAGGGAUACAAAUACCAUGUUCCAUAAAGGAAGUGAAGUAAGAUCCAAGCCUAUUCAAGAUGCACUUUUAAAUUUCAUUGACUAUAUUAGGGAAAUUCCUGAACCAAUACUUGUUGGGCACAAUGUCUGCAACUUUGAUCUUCCAAUCAUUGCUAACAAACUGAAAGAAUUCAACCUGUUCGCAGAGUUUUCAAAACAUAUUGUGGGUUUUGUGGACACGUUAAAAAUUGCCAGAAGAGUUUUCAAAAAAUCAGAGGUGGGUAAUUUUCAGCAAGAAAACUUGGUUAAUAAACUCACAAACUGCACAUUUUUAGCACAUGAUGCAAAAGAAGAUGUUCGAGCAUUGACUGUGUUGUUUGCGGAAAGGUUAGAGAAGGAAGUUCAAGAUGAGGAUCUGUUUCACAUAAGCUUUCAUGAUGUGAAAAAGAAAUAUUCAGAAUUAUUACAACGAAAGAACAUCACAGUUGCAGCUGCACAAAAGUUAGCAAGAAGUGGUAUUAUGCCAUAUCACUUGCAGCUAGCUCAUGGUAGAAACCAUGGACUGAAAUUGUUACUGGAUAGUUUUCAUGUUCUCCUAACAACCAAGUAUUGGUCAGCUGUCGUUAGAUUUCUUGAGAAAGAAGAGUAAACUACAAUUUUGAAAUAUGGAAGGAUAUUGCAUUUAUUGAAGAAUGUUUCAUUCAGUUACAACUAAUGUAUCAGCUACAUCUUUUGGUUUAUAUUUACUUAUGUGAUUAUGUUAUCAACUAUAUUAUGUUUGAUAGUGGCAUCUAUUUUAGAUGAGAAAAUACUUUGCUCUCUACCAAGAAAUCUCUGAGAAUAACAGCACUACAUGCAAAUAAAAAUUGGUGUUAUUAGCUGUCUGAUAGCGCUACAUGUAUGAAUUGAUAAUAUUAGCCGUCCAAUAGCGCUACAUGUAUGAAUUGAUGGUAUUAGCUGUCUAAUAGCAUGAUACAUGUAUGAAUUGAUGAUAUAAUAUGUUUGAUAGUGCUACAUGUAUGAGUUGAUGAUAUUAACUUUCCAAUAGCGCUACAUGUAUGAAUUGAUGAUAUGAUCUGUCUGAUAGCGCUACAUGUAUGAAUUGAUGAUAUUAGCUGUCCAAUAGCGCUACAUGUAUGAAUUGAUGAAAUUAUCUGUUUGAUAGUGCUACAUGUAUGAAUUGAUGAUAUCAACUUUCCAAUAGCGCUACAUGUAUGACCAUUAUCUGUCCAGUAGCGUUAGAUGUUUAAAUUGAUGAUAUUAGCUGUCUGAUAGCGCUACAUGUAUGAAUUGAUGAUAUAAUCUGUGUGAUAGUGCUACAUGUAUGAAUUGUUGAUAUUAUCUGUCUGAUGGUGAUAAACAUGUUUGAAUUGAUGAAAUUAGAUGUCUGAUAGCGCUACAUGUAUGAAUUGAUGAUAUUCGCUGUCUGAGAGCGCAACAUGUAUGAAUUGAUGAUAUUAGAAGUACUUGCUAUGUACACCUAUUAAAUUUGAAUACCUGUAUCAUGAAAUCCAUUGUUAUUGUCUUUUAACAAUUUUAUGUCAAAAUGGGAAAGUUUAAUAUCUUUUGAAAUCGAUUACUGCCGUU